GAAAUUUCUCAUAUAUGAUUUCGAUUUAGCUGAGAAAAAAAAAUUUUGUCUAUAUUAGUUAAGAACUUAAAUUUGAAAUUAUAUAUUUUGCAGUAAAGCUUUUUCAAUACUCAGCAUAAUUUAUAAAGUAUGAAGAUCCUUUUCACAAAAGGACAGAAAAUUAUUUAUAGUGAUGAGGACUCUACACAAAUGACGGAGACAUGUAAUGAAGAGGAGAAAGCGGGAACGUCUUACCGAACCAGAAACAGAGAUAUCAAGUACGCAGUUAGUUUCGAAGAUCAUUGGUAUUCUGAUAGCACGGACUGUAACAGUUCCUCGUGUUCAGAGGCAGACGGGGAGCGCAAGAGUGUUAUGGUGAAAGCUUUUAAAAAGAAAAUGGCUCAUUUGGGAGAUAGUUAUUGUCCGAUUCGGUGUCCCCUUUUUGGUUGUAAAGAUUCAUAUUUUCCUGAUGAACUUCUGAGUCAUAUAUUUCAGAAGCACACCACAGAUGAUGCAAUCGAAAGACAUGGACUCACUGAAAUCCACAACAAACAAAAGGUUUUGUUGUAUUUUAAGGAAACUGACUUAACGGUAUCAAGAAAUGUAUGCGUCGCAUUUUUGUUGUAUGACUCCAUUUAUAAAAAGGGAACAAUGCUUCCGCCUUUUCGUUCAUUUGGGAAUGGUAACACAUUUCUUCAUUCGAGACAUCUUAAACAUAAAUAUCAUGUUCCCAUCAUGGUAAUGACUUCCUUAAUGACAUGGUCUGAUCUACUUUCACCAAAAUCACUCAAAUCCAAAUGUAAAGCAAAUGAAAAAUGUGAUCAAUCAUUGUUAUUGCUAGUUAUAUGGUUAACUGGUGGAAUAAUCAAUAAACCUUUCAGUGUUACCACAACCCUCUUCAAUAAAAGUAUGUCGCACUCAAAAAGCACAAUUCUAACGGUGGUACCCAUACAUGAAACUCAGAAGCCUUGUAAUUUCUUGCGCAAUACUUCCAAUUACCUGUUAUUGCCCAAAGGGGAAUUGGAUAUACUCAGUAAUAAUGGUAGACAUAAAGUCAACAUUGAGUUAAUACCGACUGAAGAAAAUGAUUAGUGCGAAUCGUUAUGAAUCUUAUUAUAAUUAACAAUAUUUAUUAAAUUAAAUAAAAAGGAAUUUUACGUGAAAU